AUGUACAUCAAAUUAAUUUUUUACAUUUUCUUAUUUUUUCUAAUUUUUAUCAACUUCUCCAAUGAAAAAAAGUGUAAAUGUCCUUUAAAACAAACAAAAAGUUCUUUGUUUCAUCGUCGAUUUAAAAGAGGGGAUUGUUGUUCGAAAGGAGGAGGGGGAGCUACAGAUGAUGAUAAUGAACGCUAUCGCAACACUGAAAAACGGCCCAUGGGGGAAGAAAUUCAAGCAGGACAAACUCAAAGAAAGGGUAAAAAGGGUAAAAAUGCUUUGUACAUUUGUGACAAUUUUUUCUACUCCCAUGUGCAAUUUAAUGUAAAUUUUUUUAAAUUUAAAUUUAAUUUAUAG